AUGACCCUUCCAAAGCUAACCGGUAUCCCCAGGGCUUCGGGCACAAGCAACAUGAAGUUUGUCCUGAACGGCGGUCUGAUUAUCGGAACUUGCGACGGUGCCAACAUCGAAAUCACCCGCGAGAUCGGCGAGGAGAACAUCUUCCUGUUCGGCAACCUUGCCGAGGACGUUGAUGAUCUGCGCCACCACCACACCUACGGCCAGGACCACAAAAUCGACCCUAGCCUCGACAAGGUCUUCCAGGCCAUCCAGAGCGGCACCUUUGGCAACCCACAGGACUUUUCGGGCAUGGUCGCUGCCGUUCGCGAGCACGGCGAUUUCUACCUUGUCUCGGAUGACUUCCACAGCUACCUGGAGACCCAGGAGCUUGUCGACAAGUCGUAUGCUGACCAGGAGCUCUGGAUCACCAAGUGCAUCACGAGCGUGGCACGCAUGGGUUUCUUCAGCAGCGAUCGUUGUAUCAACGAGUACGCCGAGGCGAUUUGGAAUGUCGAACCUCUGCAGCCCGAGACGAGCGGUGGCGUGGCCGAGGGUGAGCUAUAA